CCGGCGAUCUAUAGACGUGUGGCCCCGUAGUGCGCAUGACAGCAGUGACCGAACAGUCUUGAUCUGAGCCGUGAGAGAAGUGGACGUGUGUUUGUGCUUGUCUCUACUAGCUGUCGUUCAUCUGUCAGAGAUGCGGUCUCGAAGUGGCGCAUUGCAGUGACCGUUGAGAUGGAGGAGGACCCAGCGCCUGCCCCGGAGGAGGGCUACCUGCUGGUCCGAGUUCACGUACCAGAGCUCAACGUGCAGAAGUGCCUCCAGUUCCCGCGGGACCAGCUCGUCUGGGACGUGAAACAGCAGUGCCUCGCCGCGUUGCCAAAGGAACUGAAGGAGAGCUUUAACUACGGCCUAUUCUGCCCCCCUGUGAACGGUAAAGCUGGCAAAUUCCUGGAUGAGGAACGCCGCCUCGGAGACUAUCCGUUCAGCGGGCCCGUUGGGUACUUGGAGGUAAGUCGUUCGCUGGGGUGGUUUGUGCGUGAAGAGCUGAAGGCUCUGCACACGCGUGCCAACCUACGCCGUCUGCUUGAUUAUGUUUCCAAUGGCCAGAUCGAGAAGAUCACGAAGAUGUGCUCGAAAGGGCUGGACCCAAACUUUCACUGUCAUGAGACAGGGGAAACGCCUCUGACCCUGGCCACCAGCAUUAAGAAGCCAGGAAAAGUGCUAAUAGCACUGGUGAAUGGAGGGGCUCUGCUCGACUACCGUACGCGGGAUGGGGCUACUGCUAUGCAUCGUGCCGUAGAACGGAACAACCUGGAAGCUGUCACCACUUUACUGGAGCUUGGAGCAUCACCCAACUACAAGGACACGAAGGGGCUGACUCCUCUGUACUUGGCAGUGACAUGUCGCACUGACCCCAUGCUGUGCGAGGGUUUACUUCACGACAGGGCAGCCAUCGGGGCACAGGAUCUUCAAGGCUGGCAGGAAGUUCACCAGGCCUGUCGGAACGGACUGGUGCAGCAUCUUGAGCAGCUUUUGUUCUAUGGAGCAGACAUGAAUGCACGCAAUGCAUCCGGCAAUACCCCUCUGCACGUCUGCGCUGUGAACAGCCAAGAGAGCUGCGCGCGUCUGCUUCUGUUUCGGGGUUGUGAGCGCGAUGCGCUCAACUAUUCCAACCAGACUGCAUACCAGGUGGCAGUGAUUGCAGGCAACUUGGAGCUUGCCGAGAUCAUACAGAGCCACCGUCCUGAGGAUACCGUCCCGUUUCGAGAGCCCCCCAGGUACAACCCUCGCCGUCGGACAGCAGGGGGUGGGGGGGCGCCUCAUCAUCACCACCACCACCAACACCAUCCUCACCAUUUCAGCCAUCAUCAAAACCUUCCACACCUGAACUGUAUGCCGUCAGACCCCCUCAAUUUGGAGAUGCCACCUUCCCCAUCCCCAUCGAACCGUUCGCUGCCGCCCUUCAGCUCGGCCUCGUCGAGUCUGAGUGAGACAAGCAGUGGGUCGACUCAGCGCAGCGUCGAGGACAGUGCAAGCUAUGUGACAGGUGAGGGGGGACAUGUGGACUACAGGGGUGGCUUUUUGCUGCCUGCAGACAAGAGUCUCGGGGACACUAGUGACAUCAUCAGCGACAGCUCUGGCGUCGGUACAUCUAACAGUGACACCACAACACAAGGAUCUGUCUCGAUUCCCAACAUGACCGUCGUCUGCCUGGAGAACUACAGUUCUGGGCUACCUGGGCACCUUCUGAUAACCCAAGGCGAUAUUUUGGAAGGGGUACUGAUGGGGCCGGGCCCACUUGUGUUUGCAGUCCCGUUUCGAGAGCCCCCCAGGUACAACCCUCGCCGUCGGACAGCAGGGGGUGGGGGGGCGCCUCAUCAUCACCACCACCACCAACACCAUCCUCACCAUUUCAGCCAUCAUCAAAACCUUCCACACCUGAACUGUAUGCCGUCAGACCCCCUCAAUUUGGAGAUGCCACCUUCCCCAUCCCCAUCGAACCGUUCGCUGCCGCCCUUCAGCUCGGCCUCGUCGAGUCUGAGUGAGACAAGCAGUGGGUCGACUCAGCGCAGCGUCGAGGACAGUGCAAGCUAUGUGACAGACAAGAGUCUCGGGGACACUAGUGACAUCAUCAGCGACAGCUCUGGCGUCGGUACAUCUAACAGUGACACCACAACACAAGGAUCUGUCUCGAUUCCCAACAUGACCGUCGUCUGCCUGGAGAACUACAGUUCUGGGCUACCUGGGCACCUUCUGAUAACCCAAGGCGAUAUUUUGGAAGUGACUGGUACAACAGAUUGUGGGCUGCUGGAGGGUGUGCUGCAUGGGCAGGGCACAGGCUUGUUCCCUGCGCAUUGUGUGCGGGAGGUUGUUCCGCCCCAGACACUUCCUCAACCUGUACCGCCUCCGCCGCCGCCUUCCAUAAUGACAGUCUCGCGAACAACCAGCAGAAUUCAGGGGCGCAGAGAAUCGAUGCACAAGCACUUUGCCACUGCACCACGCCUUAAGAAGCAGUUACCCGCUGAGCCACGCACAGUCAUCCUACACCGUGCCCGUAAGGGCUUUGGAUUUAUCCUGCGGGGGGCUAAAGCCAUGUCCCCACUGAUGGAGUUGCAACCAUCAGAACGCUGUCCUGCCCUGCAGUACCUGGAUGAUGUGGACCAGGGAGGAGUGGCUGACAUGGCUGGACUCCGCAAGGGGGAUUACUUACUGGCUAUAAAUGGAGAAGAUGUGUCAGCAGCAUCACAUGAGCAUGUCGUGGACCUGAUCCGUUGUUCGGGAGAUCUGGUGUCCAUGACGGUGGUUUCACUUGGGGCCACUGCCCCUGGGGGUGUACCUUGUUCCAAAUCGUCUACUCUUUUGCCAGGAAGUGGCGUGGCAAGUCAUCACAGACAGUAUGCCACACUGCCUCGUAAGAUGAAUACUUCAGCCGUUACUACCGUAGGUCGCUCUCCUGCACCACUGCCUCCAAGACGAGACCCCAAGACGACGCUGAGUGUGGGACGAGCGAGGGCGAGAUCCAUGGUAGCUGGUCUAGAAGGUGGUGGGGAGAAGGAUGAUGGCGAAGACCUGGAGCCAGAUGGAUUGGUGGGCGGAUCAGCAGGGACCACUAAGAGCAGUUCGGCUGAAUCAAUCCACCAGCAACAGGGACAGAGUUCUGUGGGGUGCAGCACGCCAAUGCAGCCUCGUACUGCCUCCAUACGGUCGCGUCCCACGUCGAGCCGCAUCACUGCCGCGGAACUCGAGGAGCUUUUCCAGCGACAGCAGGGCUCAGGCAGUGCUUCAUCCGAGGUGAUGACUUCACAUUUCCAGUCACCCACACAGGGCGGAUCAUCGCAGCCUUCAUCUCCUGCUCAUGCACCUCGGGUAUACACCAGUGUGGCCGAGAUGAAACGCAGUAAAGGCAAGGCGAGCAUGCGAGUUCGCUUCUCUACUGGUGGGGCAGAGUUACAUCGGGAUUUUCACAGCACCCCGGACCUAGCACAGAACAAUAUCUUGAGCAAUGCAGCGGUUGGCACCAUUAAUUACCGUGCACCUAAAGGUCACCAUAGUCAGGAAGAUGUAGCAACACUGCUGCUGAGCGGUGGUGUGGUGACUGGGCGUCCGCCUCUCCCGCCACCUACUCAUCCUCCACCGCCACCACCAGUUGGGCAGCUGGUGAAGGUGGAUGUUUCCCGUGGGACACUGAAACCCAACUUGAUGGCGACUGCGGAGUAUGCCAACAUGACAAACAGCGCCAAGGUGGAUGCAAACCCCAGCAACACUUCAACACUGGUGAGGAAUGUGUCAGGGAUAGGAGGAGAUGGGGAAGUUAUGUCCAGUUUUAAACCUGCCAACAGUGCCAAGCUCUACGCAUCUCCUGAGGAUGUUAAGUCUGUUGGGUACAGGUCCCGCAGCCUUCCAGCGCACUCAGCACGGCCGCAGGUGCGCAAAUCCCACAGUCUUCGCUCUUCUGCUUCGUCAUUCAAGCCUUCUUCUUCACCCCAGCAGCCAGUCUCUCUUGCCAACUCGAACGCUUAUUCAACGGCAACCGGUACCAACAGCAAUCCGUAUGCGCAGCCUUUCCGUGGAGCGGCUCGCAGUCACAGCAGUGUGAGCAGUAGCUCUAACAACCGUGAGAGUCUCAAGCUGAAGAAUAAGAUGAAGAAGAAGAGUGGCAUUACAACCAGCUCAUCAGCGGCAAACCUGUCUUCCUUGUCGUCAGGUCCUCCCCCCAUCCCAGAGCCAGACUACAGUCUAAGUGAGAGUGAUGGUGACGUGGAGAGUGAGGGGGAAGGGGUUGGCAGCGGGACGGUGCAGGCAGUGCCGCGAGGUUUGGUGGUGGCAGUGGCCGAGACAAGCGGAAAUAGCAAUGCCAGUGGGAGCAGCUCGAGCUCAGGCACGCUGCCUCACAGUUUCAGUGUUGAGGAAAUUCAGAAGGUUCGAACACAGCUGAAGAGUUCAAAGUCCUACCCCAAUGACUUUUUGGUUCUGAAUCCCAACACGGGGGAAGACGGGGACAACUCUUCAAGUGGCGUUAGCUCUGACCAGGACAUUCCUGUGGGACCACCCAGUGGCUUUGAUGAUGGAAGGUCUUCGGAAGGGUAUGGUGGCUCAGCCCCUGAUGACAAGGGGCAGCAAGGGCCAGACUUGCAGAAACAAGGUUCUGCAAUGACUCUUCCUUUGGGCCGGCAGAGGGCGACACUUCCAGGGGGUAUCUUGACUAGGAAUGCUGUGUCCUUGGCACAGCUUCCUCCCCCUUUGGAGGGGGAGGGAGAAGCAGAAGGAGAGUUAGUAGUGCCUCCUCCUCCAGAGUUCCUUGGAGCUUCAAAUAAUGGAAGUGGGGGCCCAGAAGAAGUGCUGGCCCCCCCACCGCAGUUUUCUGACAACCGACUGGUGACAAGAGUGCGCAUUGUGGGGGCUGUACCAAAGACUCAAGGAGGGGACAGUCGACUCCACAGCCAGUGAGACUAAGAUCUCUGGAUGUCAUGUUCUUGCAAAGGCCUAAACUCAUAUUACAACGAAACUCACAUUCCAGCAUCACUAACCUUGCGCUGUCAGAAGCAGCAAAAUUUGUGAGAAUGACAUACCAAAAACAUGAUAUAAUCUCUCUUUAUUUGUUGUCCUUUACUUGUAUUAAUUAUUAUCUCUCUUCCGUCAUUAUGGGCUAGAUGUUCAUUUUUUGCAGAUUUAUAGGCAAAGUGAGAUUAGUAAAAACUAUAAUGCUCAAGAGGUCAUCACGUAGGAGGACUAGACUUUGCAUUCCGGUAUUUGACCAGUGUACAUAUGUAGGGAUGGUGAUUAUGCUUCUGCAUCUUCAGGAUCGAGCAAGUUAAUUUGUGAUGCAAUGGCAAGGCACGGAACUCCUGCAGCUAAUCCAGUACAUGUCUUUAUUCUCUGCUCAUUGACAAAAAGAAUUCUAUUUUUAUGGUAAUGACCACUGAUUGCCAAUUGUGCUAUUACACUGUAGUUUGAACUACUUACUCUGCCUACAAAUGGAUCUUGGUAUAGUGAAAGGAAUAUCAUCUUUAAAAAUUAAAGUUAUAAGAUGUGAAACAUCGGAUAUCAGCAGGCUGCAUGUUGUAAACCAGUGACGGACUCGGAAACUGCGCCGUUUUCCGCUCCUCCGAGAGAUGCGUCAAUCAUGUCGGAUACUUGCACGACUCCUGCCUUCACCAUUGUAGGCUUAAUGUUAAGCUUUAAGUGCAGCCAACUUUACAAGUGACAAGGAUAAUUGCUCAUAGAUUUGCCAGCCAUAAAUAAGAUAUUAUCAACAUUCCUGCCAACACGAUUGUAAACUAGGUACUGGAUAGAUACUAGGUGUAGGUUGUAGACAGUAUUUCAGUUUGGCAGCUGUGGGACCUGAGAGGUUGUGCCACCUACACAGUUUGAGAAGGGCAGGAUUCAGUGAUACCAACAAAGUGGACUUGUACUAUCUAUCAAGCAUUAGCCACAGCUAUAUGAGAAGUUGUCCAUCAAGCAUUUCAGUUCUGAUCAAGAUGGUGCCAAACUCAUAUGGUAUAUUUGUGUAAUGUGGUAAUGGUCAGUAUUUGAGGUCGGACUGUUUCCAUACCUGCACACUUUCACUUUCUUUUACUCAAAGAUUUUUAAGAACAUGUUCAGAUUGAAUGAAAGUUCAGCGUCGUGACACGCAACAGGAACGUGAAAGUAAUGGAUCACUGUGGAGUUGGGCCUCCAUUGAAAGCUGUUUUUAAUAUCUUGAAUAGAAAACUGCAAAAAUUUAAAUGGAAUUCACUACCAGGACUUUCAGUUGAGACUCCUGCUACACAUGAAUAAGUCAUCAUAUGAAUGAAUCGUGUGUUGAAAUCAAAUUAUCGUUAACAGGCGGACUAAAACUGACUGGAAAUGAACGUGCAGUGAUCAAGUAGGCCUAACUCCCUGGGUUGCAUGUGGUGGCUCAUCUCCAUUGUUUAAGUAGCGUGUGCUGGCUAAGCGGGUAUUGGCACACUGAAUUCUGAAGUUCUUUGUUCCUGUUACAUCAGUAGUGCCAUGUCUGCAACAGCCCUGUUGGUUAGACACCACAGAAAACACUCGCAGGUACAAAUUUGAUUUUGGAAUUCCCACAGUGUGUGCACCUUGGCCUAGCAGCAGCAAUAAUGUGGGAAGUUUGUACAUAUUUGUACAUUGUAUUACUUUAACUGUGUGUUUGUAGAUAGUUAGAUUGAAUGUAAAAUAUACUGAAAAAGCUCCUUAAAAUUGUUUUUGUAUAAUUUUUGCGUCAUCUUUUUAGGUCUACAUAUCAAAAUAAAUUAUCUCAACAAAUUA